GAAACUUUCUCCGCCAUAUUCAAUAUUAGCCGGGGUGGAGCUCAUGGGCGGCCCCUGCCGAAUCGCAGAGCCUGGCAAGCCUCAUACGCGAGCACCGCCUUGCACAGACAAUUUCCAGGUGAGGAAGUUCAUGUUCGAUGGCCGUGAAUGGGAAUCAGUGGAGCAAUGCUACCAAGCAAUGAAGUUCAAUGACCGAUCGAUCCAAGAAAAACUGCGGUCAAUAAAAAAGAAAGAAGGUGACAAAGAUUCAAAGCAUGGGAUGGACGUUUGGAACGAAGGACAGCGCUACAAAAGCGUCCGGAAAGACUGGGACGCUGUGAAGGUGGAGAUGAUGUAUCGGGCGAAUUUGGCCAAGUACAUGCAGCAUCGUGACUUACAAGAGGAGCUCUUGUCGACAGGCCAUGUGGAGAUGGUUGGUGCUCCGAGCACUGGUUGGAAGUUGAAGUCCGGGGCAACAGUAAAUUGGCCUUGCACACCUGCAGCUCCUGCAGCCGCUGUUGCACCUGUGGCCGCAUUGGCCUGAUCUCCAGCUCCCAUGCCCUCCAUGGUCAAGGCCCUUUACUAACCUGCCUGGGUCUUUGACGGGUCAUGUGCUCCCCCGUGGAAAAAUC